UUCAACUAACUGAACUGAAAGGAGAUUAACAUAUUUAACAAAGACGUUUGAUUUAAUUUCACUAUGUCGAGAGGGAUGUACUACAGGAACUACCUUAGAAAAUAUUUUAUACAACGGAAAUAUACAGUUUCUCAUCGAAUGCGAGCAUGUUAUGCUAUUCAUGGAACGAUCCCUAUGUCUUUGCAUACAUCAGCAGUUAAUGCAGAUGCAAUCGAGCAAGCUGCUAUAGAUAAAAAACCAAUGAGGAGUGUCAGAGAUGGACCAUCUUUGAAGGAUUUCUUAAGCCCGUCUGUUAUUAAUACUCCCAGCGAAAAACCUAUUCCGUAUGUGGAAAAUAUUCGUGGCGAGAAUCAAAAAGUCUACUUCGAAAUUUUCGGUUGCCAAAUGAACGUCAAUGAUGCUGAUAUAGUAUGGUCAAUAUUGAAAUCACAUGGCUACAAGCAUACCGAAUGUUUGGACGAUGCAAAUAUUGUAUUACUGGUCACCUGUUCUAUCAGAGACAAUGCAGAACAGAAAGUAUGGAAUAAGUUGGAGAACUUAAAUGGAGUGAGAAACAAAAGAAAGAUGAUCAGUGGAUGGCCUAUGAAGAUUGGUCUUUUAGGAUGUAUGGCGGAGCGCUUGAAGACUAAAAUAUUAGACAGAGGAAAGCUUGUAGAUGUAAUAGCAGGUCCUGACAGUUACAAGGAUUUGCCAAGGCUUCUGGCGGUAACAGAUGAUGAAACUGCUGUGAAUAUCUUAUUGUCAUUUGAUGAAACAUAUGCAGAUGUCAUGCCAGUUAGACUCAAUCAGAAUUCCACUGGAGCAUAUGUUUCUAUAAUGAGAGGUUGUGAUAAUAUGUGUACUUACUGUAUUGUGCCAUUUACAAGAGGAAGAGAAAGGUCGCGACCAAUUGCAAGUAUACUUGACGAAGUUAGGCAGUUAUCAGAUCAAGGCGUAAAGGAAAUAACUUUGCUUGGACAAAAUGUAAAUAGUUACAGAGAUUUAUCAAAAUCAGAAUUUAUUUUAUCAGCAAACAUGGAGACUUGUCUUGCUAAAGGUUUCAAAACAGUUUAUAAGAAUAAGAAAGGUGGUGUAAGGUUUAGCGAUCUUUUGGACAAAGUCUCUUUGAUUAAUCCAGAAAUAAGAAUAAGAUACACAUCGCCUCAUCCCAAGGAUUUUCCCGAUGAAGUAUUACACUUGGUAGCUGAAAGACCAAACAUCUGUAAGCAGAUUCAUUUGCCUGCACAAAGCGGCAACUCCAUAGUUUUGGAAAAAAUGAGAAGAGGGUACACUAAGGAAGCGUAUUUAGACUUAGUGUAUCAUAUACGUGAUAUUCUCCCAAAUGUGUACCUUUCUAGCGAUUUUAUUGCUGGAUUCUGCGGGGAGACCGAGGAGCAAUUUCAAGAUACGCUGUCGCUAAUAGAAGAAGUUAAAUACAACAACGCAUACUUAUUUGCCUAUAGCAUGCGUGAGAAAACUACGGCACACAGGCGAUACAAGGACGACGUUGAAACGCACAUAAAGAUGAAUCGUUUGAACCGUAUGGUCGCACUAUAUAGAAAAGAAGUGGAAAAAUUAAAUAAAGCACAGAUAGGUCAACAUCAACUUGUUCUCGUGGAGAGCACGAGUAAGAGAUCUGAUCAACAAUUUCAAGGUAGAAACGAUGGUAAUGUAAGAGUUGUUCUACCAUCUACAGCUAUUCCAAUUACUCAACACUCUACUACGACAAGGGAGAUACAAGCUGGUGAUUACAUCGUUGUACGAAUUGACCACGCCAACUCCCAUUCUUUACAAGGAGUACCUUUGUAUCAUUCUUCAAUCAUUGAACAUUCAUUAGGCAAAUAA